CAAUGGCUUCAAUUUUCAAGCUUCUCUCCCUUAUUACUCUCUUCCUUGCCCUCAUUUUCCAAGCUAAUGGAGAAUGCUCUUUGAGUGACAUUAAAAUUAUGCAUUACACAACACAUGAUGGUGCACAUGGCAUGCCAGUGUGGAAACUUAACAUAACCAAUAAUUGUGUUUGUACUCAAUCACAAGUUAAGCUUAAUUGCACUGGAUUUCAAACAUAUCUUGAAGAUGAUCCAGCAAUCUUAAAUGCUCAUGAAAAUGAGUGUCUUGUUAAGAAAGGAGAACCUAUUCAUUCUUAUGAAUCUCUCAUCUUCCGUUAUGCUUGGGAACCUAAGUUUCAAUUUCAUCCAAUUUCUUCACAAAUUCAAUGUUCUUGAUUAGGAUUAAUUAGUAUACAAAAAAUAAUUAGUUUUUUUGUAAGACUGGUUAUUACUAUUAUACUGUAUAUGCAUGGAAUGAUAUGCAACCAUUGUGGCAUAUUAUAUAUGGAAUGAUUAUCGGUGUAAUAAUUAAUUUUUAUA